AUGUCAGCGCCGCUUCAGAUAGUCAAUGAAAAGCAGUUGAAUACACGUUCGAAUGCCAACGUUCAUACCCCCGUGAAACAGCAUCAUGCAAAGCGUGCCGAUCUGGAGAGAGGUCAUCAUGACAAUAACCGCCAGCCGCCGCAGAAGAAGAAGAAGGAAAAGCUUUCUGCGCUCUGCAAAACGCCACCGUCUUUGAUCAAGACGAAAGGGCGCGACUAUCACAGAGGGAUGUUUCUAGGGGAAGGCGGGUUUGCGCGCUGCUUCCAGAUGAAGGACGACAGCGGAAAGGUCUUUGCGGCGAAGACGGUGGCCAAGAUCUCGAUCAAAUCGGAGAAGACCAGGAAGAAAUUGCUUUCAGAGAUCCAGAUCCACAAGUCGAUGAAGCAUCCAAACAUUGUGCAGUUUACAGACUGCUUUGAAGACGAUACUAAUGUAUACAUACUUUUGGAGAUCUGCCCGAAUGGGUCCUUGAUGGACCUCCUAAAACAGCGUAAGCAACUUACAGAACCGGAAGUCAGGUUCUUCACCACCCAGAUAGUGGGCGCCAUCAAAUACAUGCACAGCAGGCGCAUUAUUCACAGGGACCUAAAGUUGGGCAACAUAUUCUUCGACAAGCAUUUUAAUUUGAAAAUAGGCGAUUUCGGCUUGGCAGCAGUACUUGCCAACGACCGGGAGCGCAAGUACACUAUUUGCGGUACGCCCAACUACAUUGCCCCGGAAGUCCUCACGGGCAAGCACACGGGGCACUCUUUCGAGGUGGACAUAUGGUCUAUUGGUGUUAUGAUCUACGCGUUAUUGAUAGGCAAGCCACCCUUUCAGGCCAAAGAAGUCAACACAAUAUAUGAACGGAUAAAAGUUUGUGACUUCAGUUUCCCCAAGGACAAGCCGAUCUCUUCUGAAGCUAAAGUUUUGAUUAAGGACAUCUUAUCGUUAGAUCCCUUGGAAAGGCCGUCGUUGGCAGAGAUAAUGGAAUAUGUGUGGUUCAGGAAUGUGUUCCCAGCAAGGAUAAAUGGUGAUAUAUUGAACUUUGUACCUGAAUUUCAUGAUUUGGACCUACAGGAAUCACUAAUCAACUUCAAAAACUGUAUGGCGAAGUGCGGUCUAAUGAACCCGUCAGCGGCAGCGGCAGCGGUUGCUGCCAAAGAAUACGACCAGCGCCUGCCUUCAUACAGCAAAAAUAGUAAUAAUAAUAACAACCAGAUUAAUCAAAAUAAUGAACAGUUGAGCGAGGCAAAGAAGUCUGUCUUGCCGCAAUCCCUAUCGCCAGGUGGUACUAGAUACAAGUACAAGGAAAUUGUUGAUGUGGAAACACAACGAAAACUGAAUGAUCUGGCGCGUGAAGCACGUAUUAGAAGAGCACAGCAGUCGAUGCUCAAACAGUCGCUAGUGGCUAGCUCCACAAAUUUCAUCAAAUCUGAGAUUUCGCUGCGAAUAUUAGCCAGCGAGUGUCAUAUGACUCUAAACGGCUUACUGGAGGCUGAAGCACAGAAGCGGAUGGGUGGCUUGCCCAGGUCAAGGCUCCCUGAGAUUCAGCACCCUAUAGUCGUGACAAAAUGGGUCGAUUACUCUAACAAGCAUGGAUUCGCUUACCAAUUAUCUACAGAUGAUAUUGGUGUCCUUUUCAACAAUGGCACCACUGUUCUAAACUUGGCUGACGCCGAAGAGUUUUGGUACAUUAGCUACGACGACAGGGAGGGAUGGGUGGCGAAUCACUACAGUCUCGCAGAAAAGCCCAAAGAGUUGAACAGACAUUUGGAGGUUGUAGAUUUCUUCUCCAAUUAUAUGAACUCUAACUUGAGCAGAAUCUCCACUUUUGUGCGUGAAUCGUACCACAAGGACGAUGUAUUUCUACGAAGAUUCACGCGCUACAAACAGUUCGUCAUGUUCGAGUUGAGCGACGGAACGUUCCAAUUCAACUUCAAAGACCAUCAUAAGUUCGCCAUCUCGCAGAGCGGCAAACUUACCACUUACAUCUCCCCCGAUCGCCAGAGCUUCACGUUCCCUACCGUCGAGAUUCUCAAGGCUGAGAAGAUCCCUGGGCACCCGGAACUCGGGUUCAUGGAGAAGUUCGCCAUGAUAAAGGAAGGCCUCAAGCAAAAGUCGGCCAUUGUCUCAGUAGCACAGCAGUAG